CGUGCGAGAGCAGUCCAUACGAUAAGUUUCCUAUGUGAUCCGUCGCAACAGUGGUGUUGUAAUUUACUUCGUCAUCACCUCGGUGUAACGACGGGCAUCGGUACAUUUGGAGAAGAAUCCCCAAAGGAGACAUUUAGUCCUCUGGGAAGUGCUACAGUACAAAGAGAAAGCGCUCGAUGGAAAACCCGACGUACGUUGACGAAUUUGUUGCAAGACGGCAAUGGACGGAUAUUGUGAAAUUUUGCCGUCAAGCAAAUACGCCCUUCGUAGAUCCAUCAUUCCCUCCAGCACCUCGGUCCCUCUACAAGUCACGACAGGCAGGUGAUGCAAACAAAGUUGACAAGUGGUUGAGACCAAAUGAGAUAGUCACAGACGUCGGUCCUGGAGUAAAUUGGGCCGUAUAUCGCACUCCUCUAUCUUCCGACAUCACCCAAGGUGUACUGGGGAACUGCUGGUUUUUGAGUGCCUUGGCUGUCCUGGCUGAACGCAGCGAUCUAGUUGAAAGAAUCAUAGUGACAAAAAAAGUAUGUCCUGAGGGAGCAUACCAAGUUCGUUUGUGCAAAGAUGGCCGUUGGACCAUAGUCCUAGUUGAUGACCUCUUACCCUGCAAUCGUCAUGGAUAUCCGGUGUACUCUCAGGCAAAAAGGAAGCAGCUCUGGGUCCCUUUGAUUGAGAAAGCGAUGGCAAAGUUGCAUGGCUGUUACGAAGCAUUGGCAUCGGGAAAUGUCAUCGAAGGACUGGCUAUUCUGACCGGGGCUCCAUGCGAGUCCCUGCUCUUACAGCCUUCUUCCCAGGCACCCGAGGAUGCACUGGAGCCCGAUCUCAUCUGGGCUCAGCUGGUAUCCAGUCGCGAGGCAGGGUUCCUCAUGGGUGCAGGCUGUGGCGCUGAAAGCAGGAAUAUCCGUGAGGAAGAGUAUAACCACAUGGGUUUGAGCUCGAGGCAUGCAUACUCAGUGCUGGAUGUCCAAGACAUUGGAGGAGAGCGGCUGGUUCGCAUGAGGAACCCAUGGGGCCAUUCCUCCUGGAGAGGGGAUUGGUCUGAUGACUGCACGAAAUGGACCGACGUGUUAAGAGAAAAGUACAUGCCUCACGGAGCAGGAGAGGGGUUAUUUUGGAUUCCUUUUCAGGGUGUCCUCAGGUAUUUUGAUCGCAUCGCUAUUUGCAAAGUUCGCAACGACUGGAGUGAAGUGAGGCUAGAAGGGUUUCUUCCGUCCUGCGCAUCCAGACAGCAUUCCUCUGUUGUGAUACUCACUGUCUUUGAGUCUACUGAAGUUGAAGUCAGCCUCAUUCAAGAGGGAAAAAGGGAGGCUUCCAAGUCCGACAAAUUCCUGCUCGAUCUGGGCAUUCUAGUCCUGCGAACCAGCACUGAGAAAUCAAACAAGCCCAUUGUUGGAAGUCACGUGACAAAUUCGGAAAGAAAAGUUACAGGCUGCGUCAGCUGUGAUUCUGUGUUCGAGCCUGGCCAGUAUUUGAUCUGCCCUUUGUCUUUCAAUCACUGGAAAAUCGGUCUGGAGGAUGCAGAGCAAUAUCCCAGGUAUGUUCUUGCUCUGCACAGUUCACGCCCAGUCUUGGUCGAUCAAGUGAUUCCACCUGAAAACUAUCACGCUGACGCCCUCAUAGCAUAUUCUUUGUCCAAAGGGAAGAGAAAUGAGGUAUUCCAGGGAAUCACAUUAUAUACCUCAACCAAGGACUGGACAGGCCUCAUUGUGAUGAUCGAAAAUAGACAUCCGGACCAAUUCAUCGAAGUCAAGUGUGAUUGCAAGCAGAGUUGCGGUGUUGUCUCUACGAGAGGACUGAAGACUGUUGACUGUGUUCCUGCAUUGCAUAGGCAGGUGUUAUUGGUGCUGUCUCCGUUGGAAGGGAGUGGUUACCAAAUCUCAUAUCAGACGUCUUAUUGCAUGAGGAAAGGUUCAGGACGGCAUGACCGGGGACCUUCGGGCAUCGAUCACGACCCACCGCUCACACGAUCCACGUUUGGUCUUCAUGUCCCUCGCCCGAUAUGA